UUAAAAUUUGAUUUUUCUAGUGGCAUUUCAUCGCUAUGCUUUACAAACGGUGGCGAAGCAUUAUAUAUGCUCUCCUCUUCUGAAUUGCAACGCAUUUCUCUAUCAGCCACGAAAGCUGUGACUCCACAAGGCGCCAUCGAAGUGAAAGAAUUGAUCAGCUUUGAACACACUAACACAACCGCUGAUAGAAGCAGUGUAAAUGAUGAGAACGAAGAGCACAUUGAGGCGACGAAUUCAACUUCCGCAACUCAUUCACAGGAGACUCUAUCGAGACUUGGCCAAAAACAUCUUGCAGUCGACACUGAAUCACAACAGCGAGGAAUCAGUGUAACCAAUGGUGAUAACUCGACUAUGGAAAACAAUUCUCUAAAUCGUGGUAACGAAACAAUCACCAGCUCAAUGGGUGAUAUAACUGUAGACUCUGUAAGGGACCAUUUGAACGCCACAACAACUACCUUAUGUACGGCGACAACUGAAGAAAUUGUGGGGUGUUUUGCAAUGAGGUAGUGGCAGGUACUGGCCGACUGGAAAAACGCCCGAAAAUUUUACCAGAGUUAGGCGACUUAGGGAAGGUUU